UGUUAUUAUUUUCAACUAUUUAUAUGUCAACUAUUUCUAGUGAUUAAUUCACAUCAUAUCAGUAACCGAUUGUCUGUCUAUUACGAGUCAAUAUGUCCGGACAGUCGACGAUUUUUUCUCAACCAAUUGAUGCCGGCCUACGAAAAACUGGGCCAAUAUCUGGAUGUCGACCUAAUACCGUUUGGCAAUGCUAACGUCAGCUAUCCAAACUAUGACCGUAAACCAUCGUUCAGGUGCCAGCACGGCCCCGAUGAAUGUUACGGUAAUAAAGCACAGGCAUGUGUAUUGGAUAUAACGAAAAUGUCGGGUACGGGUAUCAGUGGCCAACCGUCGACUACACUACAGUAUAUUGCGUGUAUGUUUUCCGCAGGCAAUUGGCGCCAGACUCAGGUUACGGCCAAACAGUGCGCCGAAACCGUACACCUAAACUGGACCCAACUAAGCGAAUGUAUAGAUGGAUCGCACGGGGAUCGGCUAAUGGUGGCCCAUUCUCAUAGGACGUUCAAUCUUGAGCCUCAACAUACGUUUAUACCGUGGAUUAUCAUCGAUGGCCAACAAUCCAAUGAUAUACAGGAACGGACACAAAUAAAUCUCGUACAAUACCUGUGCGAUAACUACCAUAGCAAACAUGAGCCUAAACUAGCGGAAUGUAGCGAAAAGACAUUGCAAUCCAUACAAAGUCAACUGUCCUCAGCAAUGAAUUUGAAAUUAAGUAUCAUUAGUAUAAUUAUAGCCACAAUUAUGGCAUUGAUUUUAUAG